UCAAGAUGGCGACGGCGGCUGCCUCCUCCGCAGCUGAGCCGGAGGUGGAGUCCAAGGCUGGGCCCCAAGUUGGGGCCGAGACGGAGGGAGAGGAGGACAAGGUGAAGGACCCAGCGGCGCGGCGGAAGGUGCUGUCGCGGGCGGCGGCGGCGGCGGCGACGUGCAAGGCCGCGGGGCCGGCGUGGGAUCCGCGGGAGGAAGGCGAGAGCGAGAGCGAUGGCGAUGAGGAGUACGCCAUGGCUUCUUCAGCGGAGAGCUCCCCGGGGGAAUACGAAUGGGAGUACGACGAAGAGGAGGAGAAGAACCAGCUGGAGAUUGAGCGGCUGGAGGAGCAGGUGGGCGUCGGGGUGCCCAGCGGGCUCCUCUCCCCGGGCGACUGGACCUGGGAGGCGCCCCUCCGCCCGAACAUCUGGCUGGAGUAUGGGCAGUACUCCGUCGGAGGAAUUGGCCAGAAGGGCGGCCUUGAGAAGGUACGCUCCGUGUUUGAAAGGGCGCUCUCGUCCGUCGGCCUGCACCUGACCAAAGGACUCGCCAUCUGGGAGGCUUACCGAGAGUUUGAGAGUGCGAUUGUGGAAGCUGCUCGGGUAAGGGGCUUGUGUGGAGAGCUGAGGGGGCGGGCAGUCUCCAGUUGGCUUGAAAGGAGUGUUUUGAAGUGGAACUUGGCUCUGCCCUUAGCUAAUAUGGAGGCUACCUUUGCAGAGUACGAAGAAUGGUCUGAAGACCCGAUCCCAGAACCGGUCGUUCAGAGCUACCACAAGGCGCUGCAGCAGCUGGAGAAGUACAAGCCCUACGAGGAAGCCUUGGUGACUCGCUCCCAGGACCGGCAGCUGAAAGUCAAGGACUUGGUUUUAUCCGUACACAGUCGCGCUGUGAGAAACUGCCCCUGGACGGUUGCCCUGUGGAGUCGGUACCUGCUGGCCAUGGAGAGAUACGAAGUUGACCAUCUCACGAUUGCCGAAACCUUCGAGAAAGCUCUGAGUGCAGGCUUUAUCCAGGCUACGGACUACGUGGAGAUCUGGCAGGCGUACCUCGAUUACCUGAGGAGGAGGGUUGAUUUCCAGCAAGCAAAGGCUCGACUUUGCAAGAAUAUGCAGAAAGCCCGGGAACUCUGGGACAGCAUCAUGACCAAAGGAAAUGCCAAGUACGCCAACAUGUGGCUUGAGUAUUACAACCUGGAAAGGGCGCAUGGGGACACCCAGCACUGCAGGAAGGCUCUCCACCGGGCUGUCCAGUGUACCAGCGACUACCCGGAACACGUCUGUGAAGUGCUGCUCACCAUGGAGAGGACGGAAGGGACAUUAGAAGAUUGGGACAUAGCCGUUCAGAAAACUGAAACACGGCUAGCCCGUGUUAACGAGCAGAGAAUCAAGGCUGCGGAGAAGGAAGCCGUCCUGGCCCAGCAGGAAGAGGCGAAGAGUGAACAGCGGAAGCGGGCCCGGGCCGAGAAGAAAGCCCAGAAGAAGAAGAAGAGCCGAGCCAGUGAGGACGCAGAGAGAGAGUGGGGUGACGAAGAGCAGCCCUCCAAACGGCGGAGGGUGGAGAACAGCGUUCCUCCUGCCACCGCUGCGCAGGGCGCAGACACGGAAGCAGAGCUCCCUGGGCGGAGGGCCCCUGCGGAGGUCGGCCCCCCUUCCAAGCAGAAGGAAAAGGCUGCCGCCCUGAAGAGGGACAUGGCCCGGGUGCCUCAUGACAGCAGGAAGGACGGCAUCACCGUCUUUGUCAGCAACCUGCCCUACAGCAUGUCUGAGCCGGACACGAAGCUCCAGCCCCUCUUUGAGGCCUGUGGCGAAGUGGCUGAGAUCCGGCCCAUCUUCAGCAACCGCGGGGACUUCCGGGGCUACUGCUACGUGGAGUUCAAAGACGAGAAGUCGGCCCUGCAGGCCCUGGAGCUGGAUCGCAGAAAUGUGGAGGGGAGGCCGAUGUUUGUCUCCCCCUGUGUGGACAAGAGCAAAAACCCGGAUUUUAAGGUGUUCCGGUACAGCACUGCGCUGGAGAAGCACAAGGUGUUCAUCUCGGGGCUGCCGUUCUCCUGCACCAGAGAGGAGCUAGAGGAACUCUGCCAGGCACACGGCACUGUGAAGGACCUCCGGCUGGUCACCAACCGGGCUGGCAAACCCAAGGGCCUGGCCUACGUGGAGUUUGAGAAUGAAUCCCAGGCAUCGCAGGCCGUCCUGAAGAUGGACGGCAUGACGGUCAAGGAGAACGUCAUCAAGGUGGCGAUCAGCAAUCCCCCUCAGAGGAAAGCUCCCGAGAAGCCAGAGGCCAGGAAAGCACCUGGGGGCCCCCUGGUGCCGCGGCAGAUCUAUGGCGCGCGGGGGAAAGGAAGGACCCAGCUCUCUCUCCUGCCUCGGGCCCUGCAGCGCCCGAGCACCACCACUUCCCAGGCCGAGAAUGGCCCUGCCUCACAUCCAGCAGACGCCAACUCCACCCUGGCUGAGGCGCCCAAGAUGUCUAAUGCUGACUUUGCCAAGUUGCUUCUGAGAAAGUGAACGGGCCUCAGCUAGAGAAAAGAGAUGCCUUACUUGACUUUGUCCUGGCUCCGUUACCCAGCCACGUGCCGGACCUCAGGCACUCCCUGUCCUCCGAUGAGACUGAAGGGGAGGGCUGUUCCCAGGCAGGAGGUUGAAACGCUCCCUCAUAUUGAGGGCAAGGGAGGAGGAGGGUCACGCUGCUGUCUGGGCACAGGGUCUGGUUUCCGAAGCUAUUUUUGUCUCAAAGUGUGAGCAUCAGAAGUGAAACCUGAACCCAGUUCUGAGGCCACUUGUCCACAUGUGUCUGGUCACCUCCUGGCCCCUUGUAGAAGACACCUGUCCUACACCUGUGCAGCACAUGUGCCCAUCGUUCUUACUUUGUAAAAGACAACACAACAGAUGUUAGCAAUUCACCACAAUGGCCUAUUUUAGUAAAGGUGGGAACAAGGGGAUGUUACAAGCAAAUCAGUUGAUGACUUUUUGUUCAAAGGGGCUGUGCAUUUUUAUAUCACGGAUUUGUAACAACCUGUCAACACAUUGUGUUUCCUAUAAGCAAAACACUAGCCCCGGUUUUCUGGAGGAAUUCUGUAGGCCGCUUGAGGUGGACCAUUUUUCUUGGCCU